AUGACCACCGCGCAUCAGAAUCGAUCUGUUUUUCUGCUGCUUCUCCUCUGCGUAGUUUUCUCUGGAGCGCACAAUACCACCACAACCGACAGCUAUCCCACACCUGCACGCUACAAGGUCUGGUGUCCGGGCUAUAGUUUCCGCUGCAGUUAUGGGGCUUGUGUGGCCAGCACGGUAGUGUGCGAUGGCCAGCAUGACUGUGUGGAUGCAUCCGAUGAGGAAAGAUGGCUGUGCCGGGCACAGAUGCAGCAAGCCAACUGCGACAACUGGGAAAUGUACUGCCAAUCCGGCCAAUGCGUACCCUAUUCGAAGCUUUGUGAUGGAAAAAAAGAUUGUCUGGAUGGGGAUGAUGAGCUGGACACCAUAUGCGAGGGCGUGGCCAUAGCCAGCUCCACGAUCAACCAAACAACAACUACAGAGAACGACUUAGUAUUGAUAAAAUCGACAAUAUCAAUGGAAGAACUGCCUCCUCGGCAGGAAGACGACAAGUGCGUGGUACCCCAGAUAGCCAAUCUAAUAAUAAAAUAUUCAAACAGUGCAGUCCUCACGAAAGUACCCAAUGACACGAGGAUUCACUAUGACUGCCCAGCAGAUCAUUCGCUCAAAGGAGAUUACGAGAAUAUCUGCAAUGCACCCCAGUGGCUGCAUCAGUUUCCAUACUGUGAAAGUCCCACAGCAUUCGUUUCUAGUCUGUUCAUAACAAUAUUUGCCUUCCUGAUCGUCGUCCUGUUGGUGCUUAUCUACAAGGUACGAAGAGACGACCGCUAUAGGCCGCGUGAAGAGCAAAUUUGGCUUGUCGACACUCCAGCCAAUCCUCCAAGGCCGUCGGAUGUAGCCAAAGUCUAAAAGAAACUCGUUAUUGCAAUUUAAACUACCAUUAAAACUAAAGUAUUAAACGCUUACCAAAUUUAAAAAGAACGGCAAAAGAUUAGUGUUGGGAAGUGCGGCUAGCUUUAGUGCUGUAAGACGUCAGUCAAAAG